AUGGAAAGUUUAAUACUCAAAAUACGUGUUGGCUCUGAAACAAGCAAACCGUGUGUACGAAAGCAGGAUACUUUACAAAGAAUGUGCAAGAAAUUUAGGUUUUCGGAAGCACAAAAACAAUUUAGAGAAACCCCCGAUAUUGUUCAAAAGAAGGGAAAAAAUAUUGAAAUUGCAUGGUAG